UACCUAGUGAAUUGCUGCCUGUCAGGUGACCUGUAGCUACCCAAAGCUUUGGACCAGCAACGGCGCAGAGGAUGAAGGGGUUACACAGAGGGACAGCCACGGCUCUGGCUCUCUUGCUUUCGGCUUCUUUCAUCUCUUAUUCCUGGAGCAUACCUCAGGGUCACUUCCAAAGAAGAAACUGGACACCUCAGGCUAUGCUCUAUUUAAAAGGUGCACAGGGUCGUCGAUUCAUCUCGGAGGAGAGCCAGAGGAAGGAUCUUUAUGACAGAUUGCAGCUAGAAACACGCAGCCAAAAUACAAACCCUUUAACACUUUCUGAAGCGGCAGCAUUAUUUCUUUCCACUCUACGGAAAGCACAAGAUGAAGAUGAAGAAGAGGCCAAUGAGAAACCUGGAUACAUUGCCGAUGGCCUAUUAAACUGGUGA